ACUAAAAAAAAAAAAAAACCCACACCCACACUACACAAACUACACCUCACUAAGCAAACUGUCAUCUCUCUCUCUCUCUCUCUAGCAUGCAAAGACAGUCUCUGGGCUCACCUGUCUCAAAGCUCCACAGCCAUGGUGGAGGAUCCAGCAAGGACGCCGACACUCCCAUCACCGAUAUUGACUCGAAUCGCAUAGAAGACGACGAUGAGGAACACAAAACGACAAAGCUUCACCGUCAAUCUCUGUCGUUUACAUUAUCUCCGCCUCCAAAACCCGAAAAGUUCGUCCACGUCAUCCCCAUCCUCACGCUCCUCUGCUUCCUCAUCCUCUACCUCUGCUCCCACAGCCCCUCACAGUCAGAUUUGGCUCAAUUCAAUGGAUUUAAGCGACCAGCUCAGCACAUAGAUUCAGACAAGAUUGACGAUGUCGGGCGAUUUAUUGAGCUCCAAAAAAGCGAUGUUUUGGCGAUCCGAAGCCUUCGGAACUUGCAAGAGCUGCGAAGAAAACUACGCUCCCCCAAAUCUCGCUUACACCGAAAACACGCCGAUUUCUAAGCCGCAUUUUCCGGUUAAUUCUCCGAUGUCCGCACGUGCGAAUCUCUCUGUGGAAUCACACGUGCGCCUGCUUUCCUUAUUUGUUUAUCUUUCUCUAUAAAUUUUUUUUUUCUUUUCUUUUUUGGUUGCCAGAUGUAAAUCCAAUUGCAUGUUACAGACUUGUUAUUAAUUUUUUUUGCAAACAAACUGUUAAAGCGCUUGGCGUUUUGUUCACGAUUUGAAUAAAAAAAUAUUUCAAACGAA